UAAGAAUCAUGCCUGCCAAAGCAAAAGAAGGGGUGGGCUGCAAUAAAGAAUGGAGAAAAGAAAAAAAGAAGAACAUUGCCAACCCCAUCUUGAAGUUACAAAUUGCAGGAAAAGGCUCUUCAUGAUUCCCAACCCAACUAAAACUUCUUUGCUCUUCUUCUCCAGCUCUCACAUACUCAUACUCCAGUUGGCUUAGUUCAUGCAAGAUCCAAAGAACUCAAACACAAGGAAGCCUUGGUAUCAAAGAGCAAUCGAGAUGGCCACUGUAUGGAGACCCAUUUCCAAGUCCACAGAAAUCCCGACGACAAACGCUACGCCAUGGAAAACCAUUAAUUCCAAAAGUAGCAGCAAAGAUAUCCCAAGUACCAGUACUAGAUCAGUACAUAAGCUAAGAAAAUGCACCUCUCUAAGGGUAGCCACUUCAUUCACUCGAGUUUGUCUUUGUGCACCAAUCUCUUCUUACAACGAGGUUUUCCGAGCUGAUCAGGUGCCACCCAGAAGAAGCAACAGCUACCCAAGAUCAAAGCCAUUUCCCACUACUACUACUACUACUACUACGUCACAAGAUCAUCAGAGAAUUAUUCCUUUUCCAAGUCAUGCAAGACUUAGUGUGGAAGGAAGAAGAGUUUUCCGUGGAAAGUCUUUGACCGACGACGUUUUAAUGAGAAGAUUUGUUGUCGAAGAAGAAGCAAUGAUGCAAGUUAGGAGGAGGAAUCAAAUGGAAGUGAUAAGGAGGAGGAGUAUUAUGAGAAGGAAGAAGCUGGGUCCUAGUCGUCUUAGUAGAAUGGUGAUGGCAGGGCGGGAGGAUCAUGAUCAGGCCGAUCACGAACAUUAAUUAUGCAUGAUCAUUAGUACGUAGUACGUACAUGAUAGUUUGCAUGCAUGUGUCCAAAUGGUAAAUUUUGAAAAUAUUUCCCCUUCAUUUUAUUGUUUGAUCAAUGAUCUGAUCAUCUAGCUC